AUGCAGACCCUGAGCUGUGGAGUUGUCACAGCACUAUCUCCGCAUGUGUUGUCAAUCUUCUUCUUGUGGGUUGCGCGAGACGUCAACCCUGCGAGGUACAGCUUCCAGCCUGGCGAAGCCGUGCCCAGCCAGCCAGAGAAGAGCUUCCCCCCAGUGAACACCGCAGAAGGAUGUGAAUGGAGUUCCGACGGGUCUCUCCUGGGUCUUGUUGAUCCUGCUGGCGGCGUCACCGUGUACAGCGCCGCGCAGGGCUAUGAGCCCCUCUGCCAGGUGCCUCCGCUGGUCGGCGGCCCUGUGAGGAAUUUCUACUUCUCGCCGUUGGGGUCCCACCUGGUCACCUACGAGCGAUGGGUCAAGGAUGCUGGUGACAACGUGGGCGUCUGGGAUGCGAAGACAGGCGAGAAGCGUUUCUCGUUCAUACUGAAGAACAUGACCGGCAUGAGCUGGCCACCUUUGAAGUGGACAAGUCUGGAGACUCACUGCUGCCGCAUGGUACAGGAUGGCAUCCAGAUCUUGCCGGGCUCGUGCGAGCGCUCCGAGGUCUCACGCAUUGACGCGCCUGGCAUCAUGGCCUUCGAGGUCUCGCCACGUGGCUCCGGCCCACAAGGCAGCGGCUCACCCCAUGUAGCGCUGGUCGUGGCGGAGACAAGGGGCCAGCCUGCCAGAUGCCAGGUCUUCAAAUUGGAUGAUCCCGGCAGAGCGACCGCAACAAAGAACUUCUUCAAGGCCCAGACGGUCACCAUGAAGUGGAACAACGUUGGCACCGCUGUGUUGGUAAAAUCUGCCAUGGAGGUGGACGACACUGGGAAGAGCUACUAUGGUGGUGCCAAUCUCUACUUUUUGCGGGCAGAUGGUGAAGAGUCGGCCCUGGUAGCAUCCGCUGACGGUGGUCCCAUCCACGAUGCCCAGUGGAGCCCGACUCAGGACGAGUUCGUUCUGCUGCAUGGAGAGCUUCCAUGCCCAGCCGGACUGUACGAUGGGCGCAAGGGCAACAAGCGCAUGGACUUUGGCACAGGACAUCGCAACACCAUCAGGUGGAACCCAUUUGGACGUUUCUUCGUGCUCGGUGGCUAUGGACAGCUGCUCGGAGACACGGACUUCUGGGAUAAGCCUGGAAAGCAGCUCAUGGGCAGCCGACGCAUGGAGUGCUGUGUGGUUUGCGGCUGGGCCCCAGAUGGGCGCCACUUCCUCACUGCCACCACCGCGCCCAGGAUGCGCGUGGACAACAAGGUCGAAGUCUUCGAUUACCUCGGUGCCCCCUUGGGCAGGAUUGAGUUCGAUGAGCUGCUCCUUGCAGGCUGGCGGCCUCGGCCGCGGGGGGCUUUCCAGGACAGGGCCCCUAGUCCGGGCCGGAGUGCGCCAGCAGCGAAGGUUCAGGCAGCAGCGAAGCCGAAGGCAGCCCAAGCCUACAGACCGCCCGGCGCUCGGGCUGGUGGCGGCCUUGCUGACCUUCUGCGCAAGGAGCUAGGCUCCACGUCGGCUGAUGCAGCCAAGACAGCCACAAAGGUGGGCGCGCCAUCAGCUGCCCCACUUUCCCUGCCACCGGGAGCUUCGCCCGAAGACUUUCAAAAGGGGGCUCAAGCCAGCACUGGCACCGGCAGCAGCCGCAACGCCAGGAAAAAGAAGGCGAAAGAGGCCGCUGCGCAGGCGGAGGCAGGGCCAGAACCUGGUGCGGAGAAGUUCGCGCCACCUCCGCGUGCAGGCGACGCAAAGCCGGCGCCAGAAGCGGCUGCGGCUCAGUCCUCAGAAGCCGGAGGUGACGAGGUUGAGAAGAAGGUCCGCGCUCUAAAGAAGAAGCUGCGGGACAUCGAGAAGCUGAAAGAGAAGGUCGCAACAGGAGCUCCCAUCGAUCCACUGCAGAAGCAGAAGCUCGACGGAGAGGCCGAAAUCAUCCAGCAGAUUCAGGCGCUGGGGGGUGAGCCAUGA